AAGCGAAACCAAAUAGAAUUUGUUGAUGUCAGUAAAACAAACCUCUUGACUUGAUGUCACGUUUCUUAAAAAGACAAUAUAAACUCAAUAUACAUCAACGUUGCAAGUGAUUAUGUAUUACUUCCUUUUAGGGUCGUUUUUCCACAAAAGAACCGCUUUUAAAUGAUGGAAUUAUAGUGGUUCCUAAUAAUGGAAGUGUUAGUAAAAUUCCAGCAGUCUCAGAAAUAUUAAAAUUGCGAAAAGAAAGUCAAAAACUUUAUAUACGGUUGAAUGAAAGAUGGAAAGCGAUUUCAAAAAAGCUUAACUCCGCCAUUGCCAAACUUACUCGACGAGUCAAUGCUGCCGUCGCUAAACUUACAUCACGUUUGGAUAAGUUGAAUCAGACAAUGGAAAUAAGAGCGAGGUCGAGUUGCGCUAGUUUGUAUCGAACCGGAGCAAGAAUUGACGGAGUCUACACAAUAGAUCCCGAUGGUCAAGGUUCGUUUCAAGUCAGAUGUGAUAUGCGCACAGACGGGGGUGGCUGGACCGUGUUUCAAAGAAGACAAGAUGGGAGUCAAAAUUUCUACCUUGGAUGGUCAGACUAUAAGGCAGGCUUUGGUGAUCUUAACGGCGAGUUCUGGUUGGGCCUUGAUAAAAUACAUCGUUUGUCCAAAUCUGGUGAAAAUGUUCUAAGAGUAGAUUUGAUGGAUUUCAAUGGCGCGGAAGGUUACGCUAAAUAUGGAACGUUUAGUGUGGCUGAUGAGUCAGACAAAUACAGAUUGAAUAUUGGCAAUUUUUCAGGUGAUGCAGGUGAUUCUCUUGCUUAUCACAAUCAAAUGCAGUUCACUACCAAGGAUAGUGACAAUGAUUUUUGGACUGGCGUUAAUUGUGCUACGAGCCACAAAGGAGCUUGGUGGUACAAAGCCUGUCGCCAGUCAAACCUCAAUGGCCAGUACCUGGGUGCAGGUCGGUCUAGUCGCACUGGAAUAAACUGGAUCCAUUGGAAAAGUUCACAUUCAUUAAAAAAGGUGGAGAUGAAAAUUCGUCCAAGCCAGUUAACGAUUAUUUAAUUAAUGUUAAAGGCGGGUUAGGCCUGGUUUUCACUUCAACCGUAUUGUAGCGAAACGUAGCGUAUCUCAUUGUUUAAGUCCAUGGCGCUUAUAUAUAAGCGCCCUGUUUAAGUCAUUACGUUAUUCUACGAUACGGUUGAAGUGGAAAACAGGCUUUACAGUCGCUUCCCGCAUCUGGGUU